AUGAAGUUGCCCGCUAUUCUUGCCUCCGUUGCCUUGCUCAGCGCCCCAGCUUUUGCUACCCCCGUCGACGCUCAAAACGUCGCUAGCCUCGAUAGUGCUCCUGGUAAAUCUUAUUACAGUUGCUCGGUCCGUGCUGCUGAUGGGAAGAUGACUACCGUCAGAAUCAGCAGUGUGCUCGCCAAAGUCCAGGCUGCAGUAGGUGGUAUAGAUGCGGCUGGCGUCAGCGGGUAUCCAAAGAAGUACAACCCUAAAUGGGAAUUCGAGGAUAGCACCUGCGACAAGUUGCACGUCGAACUUUUGCAGUACCCCCUUUAUUCUAACGGCAAACCCUUUCACAAGAAUGAAAAGAAUCAGCCAGACACCCCAUUUAAGACAAUAUACACCGCUGUGGAGACGAAGAAGGGAAGGAAGCUUCACUUCUGCGGCGUGGGAUACGGUACCGCCUUGUGUACCUUGAAUAAACGCAGCAGGAGCUAG